AUGUCCGGGGACAUUGAUAAGUUACAGCUAAAAAGCACUGAUGUGGAGAAGAUUUUGCUUGCAGAAGCGCACAUUGGGUCCAAAAAUGUCGAUUUCCAAAUGCAGCAGUACGUCUGGAAAAGAAGGCCUGACGGUGUCCACAUCAUAAACAUCAAGAAGAUGUGGGAAAAAUUGCUACUUGGUGCCAGGGCAAUCGCCGCUAUUGAAAAUCCUGCCGAUAUCUUCGUUAUAUCCGCGCGGCCGUACGGUCAGCGACCAAUUUUGAAGUUCAGUACUCAUACGGGGGCAACACCUAUCGCUGGUCGUUUUACUCCAGGUACGUUUACGAAUCAGAUCCAACGUGCGUUCCGGGAACCGCGUUUGCUUGUUGUAUGUGACCCGAGAACCGAUCAUCAAGCAAUAACGGAGGCGAGUUACGUGAAUAUACCAGUGAUUGCAUUGUGCAACACUGAUUCGCCGUUAAAAUUUGUCGAUAUAGCUAUUCCAUGCAAUAACAAGGGAAGCAAGGCUAUCGGUCUAAUGUGGUGGAUGCUGGCAAGAGAGGUUCUCAUUCUUCGUAACGCUAUUAGUCGGGACCUUGGUUUCAGACUGGAAAGUGGCGACGUUAUGGUAGAUUUGUACUUCUAUCGUGAUCCUGAAGAAGUAAGUACUGCUGUAUCUGUUAUAUGGUCCGCCAAACCUGUCGUUCCAACGAUCCCGACGGAAUUCGUUGCUCCUGAAAUCUCGAGCUGGGCUGCCGAAACUGAGCGAGAAACCAAACCGCCAGAAAAUUUGUCUACAGGCUGGGGUGUACCUGCGACCGAUACCUGGCAGUAA